GGAGAAUCCCUUCAAAAACAAGUGAGACUUGGAAAGCAGUUGCUCCUACUUUUAGGCUGACUCUUCAGACACCCUGGGAAAAUGUUCCGGCUUUUCAGCCACACCAAAUGUUUCUUCCAGGCAAAACGGGCACUCCAGAGGCCACUGUGGCCAGCACAAUUUACAGCAGUGGUGCAACACAACAGUUUCUCUACCACUUCUGUGCAUCACCAGACCGAAUCUGCCCAUUCUUGGCCCAAAGAUGUUGGCAUACUUGCUAUGGAAGUAUAUUUCCCCUCCCAGUAUGUAGACCAGACUGAAUUGGAGAAAUACGAUGGUGUGGACGCAGGGAAAUACACAGUGGGGCUAGGUCAGAAGCAAAUGGGCUUCUGUUCAGCCCAUGAGGACAUUAAUUCAUUGUGUCUGACUGUGGUGCAGCAUCUGGUUGAGCGAAGCCAACUUUCCUGGGAUUCUAUUGGCCGGCUGGAGGUUGGCACAGAGACAAUCAUUGACAAAUCCAAAGCCGUCAAGACAGUUCUGAUGCAGCUCUUUGAAGACUCAGGAAACACUGAUGUUGAAGGCAUCGACACUACAAAUGCCUGCUAUGGAGGAACAGCCUCCCUUUUCAAUGCAGCCGACUGGGUGGAAUCCAGCUCUUGGGAUGGACGCUAUGCCUUGGUGGUUUGUGGCGACAUUGCUGUCUAUGCUACUGGAAAUGCAAGACCAACUGGUGGAGCAGGAGCUGUGGCUAUGCUGGUUGGACCAAAUGCCCCGCUUGCUUUAGAGAGAGGUGUACGUGGGACCCACAUGGAACAUGUCUAUGACUUCUAUAAGCCAGACUUAGCUUCAGAGUACCCUAUGGUUGAUGGACCGCUCUCCAUACAGUGCUACUUCCGAGCCCUGGAUCGGUGCUACGCCACGUACAGAAAGAAAAUUGAAAACCAGUGGCAGAAAGAUGGGAUAAACAAGCCUUGUACACUUGAAGAUUUCCAGUUCAUGAUCUUCCACACACCCUUCUGCAAACUGGUGCAGAAGUCCCUGGCACGCAUGGUGCUGAAUGACUUCCUUGCAUCCCCCAAUCCUAAUGUUGAGAGUGGCAUCUACAAGGGGCUAACGGAUUUCAGAAAUGUGAAGUUGGAAGAAACUUACUCCAGCAAGGAGGUCGACAAAGCCUUUCAAAAGGCUAGUCAGGAGCUGUUUAGCCAGAAAACACAGCCCUCCUUGUUCCUCUCUGCUCGCAAUGGCAAUAUGUAUACACCAUCUGUAUAUGGCUGCCUCGCAUCUCUCCUGGCACAGUACUCUGCCCAGCAGCUGGCCGGCUCCAGGAUUGGAGUCUUCUCCUAUGGCUCUGGACUAGCAGCCAGCAUGUUCUCCCUGAAGGUGUCCCAAAAUUAUGAGGCAGGUUCUCCUCUGGAAAAACUGGUAUCCAGUCUUUCAGAUCUUGAGGUUCGGUUGAACUCUCGAAAAUGUGUUCCUCCUGAGAAGUUUGCUGAGAUCAUGAAAGUGAGGGAGGACACUCAUCAUUUGGUGAACCACACUCCUCAUGGUUCCAAGGAAGAUUUGUUUCCAGGGACGUGGUACAUAGAGCAAGUGGAUGACAAGAACCGUAGGAAGUAUGCACGGAAAACACUCUAGUAGGACUUUCCUGAGCCUCCCAGAUGUAUAGACAGAGCUCAACUUAACAGGACAUCUACACUGCUGAAGAUGACGACUGGAUUCCUAUCAUUCCUGUUAUACUUUCUAUCAGACAACUGUUUUAUUAUCCCUUCUUUUGUAUUUGUGGGCUUUUCAACUGCUGUGCUCCUCAGUUUUGCAGAUGGCAGCUACUGGAAGUGCCUUCACUGGUUUACGAAAGAGUUGUCUGAGUGUAACACAUAUUGUCUGAGUGUAACACAUAUUUUUUUAUGUCUGGUGAUAAGGGAUAAUACAAAGGGCUGAGAUUUGUGACAGCUCCUGCCAAGGGAAAGACUACAACUGCAGAACUCUUUGGUGUGUUUUACAGCUAGUUAGUGUUCUUUUUUUUUAAGCCAAGAUUUCAAAGUAUUGUUCCCCUACCUAGCUUUAAAUGGUCUGAAUGUUUGUAACUGUUAAUGGCAAACUGUUAAUGGCAAACUGUUAAUGGCAAACUGUUUCCAACUGACCUGGAGAUAUAGUUGAAGGCUGGUAUUAAAAACUAACUAAAAAAUAAAAAAACAAAGCUGGACAAAGCACAGAA